GCCGUGUUUCCUCAUCGUUGCGCGGCGCACACUGCGUGUGGUUGGCAGAACCGGAUCCGAAAGAGAAGAAGAAGAGAGGAACGCGCAGGCCCCAGCCUAGCAGACAACUGACCGAAGUGGGGUUAUCGCGUUGGUUCACGCUCGAUUUACAAUCUUGCAGAUAGUUCGGCAGUAUUUGGGCCGGCUUUCGGUUGGGUUUGAAUCACUUCAGUUUCGAGCGGUUUGGUUGUUGGAAUGGGAUUUGGAAAAGUGGAAAAAGAUUGGAGACCAUUCGUGUAUGGUGGGCUGGCCUCAUGCACAGCAGAAUUUGGAACGUUUCCUAUCGAUACAACUAAAACCCGCUUACAAGUACAAGGUCAGCACAACAGUUUGCACGCUGAGCUAAGGUACCGUGGUAUGACCCAUGCUCUUGCAGAAAUCUCCAAACAUGAAGGGUACAGAGCUCUUUAUGCAGGAAUUGCUCCAGCUGUGCUGAGGCAAGCAACCUAUGGAACCAUUAAAUUUGGAACAUACUAUACCCUAAAAAAGUUUGUGGCUCAAUAUCGCCAAGAUCCAAAAGAGGAUGUUCUGAUGAAUGUGUUGUGUGCUGUCACUGCAGGCAUGCUGUCUAGCGCAAUUGCUAACCCGACUGACGUGUUGAAAGUCCGGAUGCAAGUCCACGGACAUCACCAUAGUCUUGUCAGCUGCUUUCAAGAUGUAUACUAUCAUGAGGGAAUUGGUGGAUUGUGGAGGGGAGUGGGACCCACUGCUCAAAGAGCAGCAAUAAUUGCAGCAGUGGAACUGCCAGUCUAUGAUUUCUGCAAACAUAACUUAAUUCCAAAAGUUGGGGACACUGUGGCAAAUCAUUUUAUUUCUAGUUUCAUUGCAAGCUUAGGAAGUGCCAUUGCAUCCACUCCAACUGAUGUAAUCAGAACAAGAUUAAUGAACCAAAGAAGAUUCAAAAAGGGAGGAAUAACUUCACCCACUCCCCAUACUGCACAUUUGUACACUGGCAGUUUAGAUUGUCUUGUCCAGACUGUCCGCAAUGAAGGAAUAACAGCAUUAUAUAAAGGAUUCGUGCCUACCUGGGUGAGAAUGGGCCCAUGGAACAUUAUUUUCUUUAUCACAUAUGAGCAACUUAAAAAGAUCUACUGAAAACAGUAUGUUCUUGAACAUAAAGUUUCCUUUCAUCUGAGAUUCCCUCAAUUAGUGAAGGUGAAAUAAAGCUCUAUCACUUUGCAACACGGUUACCAUCAAGCCUGUGAUGGGAGCAUGUCAUGCAGGAUAACUUUCGGGUUUUGGCCAUACAGUCAAGUUCAGCAGAAUCGAACCAUGCUUGCUUGUGUGUUUGUCCUUCUUAUGUGUAUAUGUGACAGAAUGUGAUUUUUGAGUAUCUAGAGUCUUCCCAUUUCAGUUAGUAUUCCAAGACUUUGUACUUAUAGAUAGGUUUCUUUCUCAAAACCAGAUAGUGCCUGUCCAGUCAGGGGCAGCAGCGAUGGGGAAUGCACAUUAAUUUGUGGUCUUGCAUUAUAUUGGUUCUAUUUUUCCUUUUUCGAAGUGCUACUCAAAGAGGUUGUCUAGGUACUGAAAAUUCACAUGGUCUGUGGUUUCAUGUAGUGUUAUUAACUUGUGAUUGAAUUUAUAAAAUACCUUAGGAUUGUUUCUUUUCUGAUGUGAUUUAACUUACUCUCAAUGUGAAGCUGAUAUUACUUGUAUUGUUUUAGAAGACUUUGUUUGUGUAUAAAUUUAUACAUGUAAGAUGCUUCCUAGAAGUAUGGUAAAACUAGUCCUCUUCUAAAGUAAUGUAUGUAGGUAUACAUAUGUAAACAAUUUCGUCUCCUGUAAGCAGGAAGCUGAGAUGCUUCUCCAUCUUAUUAUUGCUUUCUGUUUUGAUAUCUCAUACAAAGUGCAUUUAAUGUCUAGUACAAUUUUCUUAUCUUACUGAAAAGUGAUUUUUUGUUGUUAUUGUUUUUUGUCUUUUUCCAGUGUAAGACUUGGACCAUUUCAUUGCUGACAGCAUUUCUUUCUUAUUUUAUUUAUGAGUGGUGCAGCUGUUAUAUGUGUCAUCUUAUUAUCCAUUCAAUACCAAAUUGCACUUAGUAGUUGGUAGUAGGUAGUAGUUAGUAGCCAAAGUACAUGGGGGCACUUGAAUUUUUGAUUCUAGUGUCUGUGUGUGCAAAUUUUAAAUUAUGUCUGUUAAUGUGGCUGUUAAUCUUGGGGACUCCCAAAGUACCUAUGUUAUUUCUCAAAGCAAAAUGAUUGUCUGUACAUAAUUAUUAUGACGGUAAAUACUGUACUGUAAGUAUUUAAACUGAUUACAGUCAAACCUACUGAAAACAAACCGAAAACUAUCUCAAUUGAAUCUUAAAUUUGUUCAAAAUAAAAAAAAAUAUUUUUACUUCUUUUUAUAUUGAGGGAUUGGCAAAAUAUUCCUUAUGUGUGAAUUAUUUAUAAUGUACAGAUCGCUUCACUGUUGUGUUCCUGUUGUGCUGCCUCAAAAUGUUGUGUUAACCUAAUGGGUUUUGUGUUUAACCCACUUGUGUAUUUUUGUGACAGGCGAAAUUGAAGCAUUGUUUGGCAAAUUUGUGAUUUAAAUUUCCUUCUAGUGUGAGGAUGUGUCUUUGCGGCUCUCCAGGAGAAACAGGCAGUGACAAAAACAGGUUUUGACAAAUGGUAAUCCUUUCUCAACACAAAAGGAUACAUGGUGGUUGACUCCAAAAUAAAAUAGUGCCACCAAAAUAAAUUGGCUCUAGUCCAUAAUUAAAAAUCAAAGUGAAACCGUUCAAACAAAGACAUUCCUGUUCAGUUCAUGAAUAGGAGCGCAGGAACUCAGCCACAAACAAAUUGUAAUUCUUUAAAAAAAAAA